CGAUGUGAUGGCUUUAAGGCCAGAAUUUGAUCCCUUCUUUCAGCAUCUAAAAUUUGAUAAUGUCCAAAGGGCAAACAGCCAGACGUCGCCAAAAACCAAAGAAAGAAAAAGAAGAAGAAGAAAAGAAUGAAAGCUGACGCGGUAAAAGGCAAUGUACAUCACCAACAAAAUGUCAACACCACCACCAACAACAUGAACGAGUACUUGUACAUAUGGCAUCCUCAGUUUUUUUCUGAACAACAACAACUACAGCCUCUCUACCCUCCUUCCUUCUCAUCAUCAUCACUUCUAACAAUAACAAGAAACAAAAUUGCUUCUUUUUCUCUUCCCCAUCUUUUCUCUUUCACAUUUUCACUUCCUUGAUCGGUCUCUCUCUCAGUAUUCAGCUGCUUUCAGCUCAGGAACAUGUUUGGAGGUAAUAACAGCAAUCCUUUGGUUCCAAUUUCCUUUGGCGAAAACCACAUCUUGGAUGAUGUUAAUGCACUGCCUCAGCUGCAGCUACUCGGGGAUUAUCCAGUUGGGUGCUUUGGGGUCUCUCACACCAGCAAUCAGCAGACAGCAAUCUUUGGCCAGCCUGCUAAAAGAGUCAAUGAGACAGAAUCCAUUUCCGGACAGAAAAAGCAUCAAUUAUCAUCAAGUAAUAACUUCAGCCAAUAUGAUGCCUGUAAAUCGGGAAUCAUUCUGAAUCCUAAUCAUGUAUCAAUUGGAUUGAAACUAUCUUGUGAGGAAGAUGAACAUAACUCUUCUGUUACUUGUACAAGUGAAAGUAAUACAGCUACCCUCCCUGUGACGUUGUCUCUCGGUGAUGAUCUUAAAGCAGAGAUUAAUUUGCAGAAAGGGGAUUUAGAUCAGUAUAUUAGACUGCAGGAAGAAAAUUUCAUAAAAGGUGUGAGAGAAUUGGGGCAAAGACAUACAGUUUCAUUGCUGAGUUCCAUAGAACAAGGAAUUAGCAGCAAGCUACAUGAGAAGGAGCUUCAAAUGCAAAACAUAAACCGCAAGAACAAGGAUCUAGUAGAGAGAAUAAAGCAAGUUAGCAUGGAAGUCCAUUCCUGGCACUGCAGAACAAAAUAUAAUGAGUCUGUAGUUAAUGUUCUGAAAAGCAAUCUGGAGCAAGUAAUGGCACAAGGUGCGAUGCAUGGCAAGGAAGGUUAUGGGGACAGUGAGGUCGACACUGCAGCCUCUUAUGCUAACCAAAACCAUAUGCGCCUUGUGGACGGUUCUGCAAAUUCAAUCUCCUUGAAAAAGCAGAUGACUUGCAGAGCUUGCAAGAUCAAUGAAGCUUCCAUCUUGUUAUUUCCAUGUAGACACUUGUGCCUCUGCAAAGUUUGUGAAGGGCUCAUAGAUGUUUGCCCUGUGUGCCGUAUAGCGAAGUCUUCAAGUGUUGAAGUGUUUCUGUCCUAAGCAACUGCAAUCUUUAAUAACCCUACAUGAAAGAUGGAUACUUUUUAUCCAUUGAUUAUUCUUUGUAGGUAGGAUUUGUCAUUACAAUUUCCACGUACAUAAUCGGAAGAUGACAAGUCCAAGCAUUGUUGUUCAUCUUCUUUCACUUCAUUGAAUUUGCAACAGAAGCAAGUUGCCUUGUAAACAACUACACAUAAGGACAUGGAGCUUUGGUGCUUUGUAUCUUGAGGCUGCAUCUGCUACAAAACUGGAAAGCAGCCAGCUGUUUGAUGAAUAAAUACCUAGUAAUUUAGAUA